GUAUACGGGACGUGUGCCCGCAGGAGGAACGCGGACGGGCCGACGGGGGGAAGGGUUAGAACGGCCGUCGUAUCGCUGUGAGCCGGUGCCGGCGGCGUUAUAUCGGAGGACGCCCCCGGAUAGCGGCAGAACGCCUAAAAUUACAAGCUUUCAAAUGGUUAUCGCGCGAGAGUCCGGCCGAGCGUAGCGACGCGUCAUCAGCAUCGUCGACGACGUCGACUGCGAGGUCCUUCUUCAGUGAAUCCCUCUCGUCCCGGCCGCGCGGGCACACGACGCGCGGAGUGGGGUUACCCGUGCGGUUGAUAUUGCAGGGAAAACGCGCGCGUGACACGUAGAUUGUUUGCAUACCACCCACGCACGGUACACACGGCGACGGCCCGGUCACGGCGAUAACAAACGUGGCAUAUGUUCCUGCGUGAGUGACAGCGGGCGGACGCGACGACACGACACAGGAGUGAUGGGAAUCGACGGCAUGAGGGUCGGCGGAGGCAGAUGCCCGCCUCUUUUGGUCGUAGCGCUGCUCUUGGUGUGCCUCAUGCUCUUCUGCAACUGGUGGGCCCUGUCGUCGGAGAAUGUGGAGCUGGUCAGGCAGAUCGACGAGCUGAACGAGCAGCUCAAGAUCAGCGCUGAAGAGAGAGAUCAGUGUGUGACGCUGCGCGGUAACCUGGAGCAGAGGUACAAACACGCGGAGGAUGAGUUGGCUUCCCUGCAUGUCCGCUUGGAGCAACAAAUGGACUUCAAGAAGAGAAAUGAAGAGCUAGAGGACUCUGUUACUGUGUGUAAGAGUGAACUGGACUCGUUAAAUAAAUUGGACGCCACUAAAACCGCAACAUUGGAGACAUUGCGAUUAGAAAAGGAUACGAUUAAUACUCAAUUAGAUGUGAAACGUGAUGAGAACAAGAAACUUCAAGAAGAAAUAGAAAAACUAAAAGGAGAAAUAGGUCAACUAAAACUCAGCUGCAACUCCCCGCCUGACAAAAAAGAGACUCCAGUUCUUCGGCCAACAACGACAGUGGUCAUUAACAAGUCUCAGUUACACCCGGUACCGGAGUCGGCCGUAAGAGUAUCCGUAGCUGGUCAGCGAGGCUUGAAGUACCACGGGAUUCCAAUCCUACCGACAGACCCACCCGGUGCUGUGCGCCAAACUCCUCGUUUCUCAGUAACUAUGUUGAAAGUUGAAACGGAUAUGAAACAGAUCAACGUCACGUCGAAUGACUCUGCGGAGCAGGAUAUCCUGGCCGCCGACGACUUAGAAGAUCCUGAGAACCGUGCACGUGAUAACAAUGCUGAUGAAGUUCAAAGCACAGACGAGGCUAUGCUACUUCCAGAAAAUGACGAGGAGGAAACGAAAAUGCAGGACACUACAGGGAAACCUCGGGGUAAAAAUACAUAAUACGGCGCGAUAUAUAAUCCAGAAAUGAAUGGAUGCGCGCACUUUUGCAAUAACCGACGAGCUAAUUAGGUUAAAGAGAGUACAGUGUGACCACAUAUAUGAAUAUACAAAACGAAAGUCCAUACUACACGCGUUCCUCGUACUCCAAGAUACUUUAUACUGUUCAUUUAAUUGUGUCAUAUUUAAUUGUUCUUACGAUAGAAAUAUUUUUUAUAUGUGUAUCAUAUUCCUUAGAAGAGAUAUAUGCGAGUUUUAUUUUAUAUCAACGACGACGUUGCGAAAUUACAAAGUGACAUAUAUAUACGCGCGUGCCAAAUUAUGUGUUCAUUAUUUCCGCUACACACAUAAUUAUUGGCUACUUGAGCAAUCUCUAUAUCUUGUAUUUUAUUAUAUACAUAUAUUUAUAUAUAAUAAGCGAGCCCCGAUUAUAUACUGUGAUGGUUCCAAGAUCUGAUGAACAAAUAACAUAAAAAGCUUUUGCACUUUUUAAGCAAUCCUUAAGAAUGAAAAUAAAACGUUUGCCAUGAUUUAUUGAUAAGCCAUGCGCGCGCGCGCGCGUGCACACACACACACACACACGUAUAUAUAUAUUUUUUGUGCCACUUAAAAAGGUACAAACAGUACGCAAUAAAUAUUAAUAUGAAUAUAUAUAUAUAUAUAUAUAGGCUACUUGAGCAAUCUUUAUAUCUUGUAGC